GACGAUUCGAGCGACAAGUAGCAUGCCGAGGGUCCCAGCUACGAGCCGAGAGGAGCCUGUCACUACCUACAAAGACGUACUGAGCUUGUUGCGCCCCGUCAGCGUUGAGGCCGCGACUGGGGCGUAUACCCCAUUGCCCAAGCUCAUGCUCGCUGGCAUGGCUGAGCCGCUCGAGGUCCCGCCGAGCCCGCAGACGCUACGCAGCGUCGCCGCGCGCUACAUUGGCGCAUCUCAAGCGGCCAUCGUUCCCGCCUGUGAUGUCAAUAUCCUGGGCGACUGGGAGCGAGUGCUACAUCGCCAUCUCUACUCGACCAUCGAGGGCAUCCGACAUGACGACCGCCUCGCGCUCUCCCAUCUCAGUAUCGACCCGCAGCACGAGACCUCGAGCUUGUCGCCGCGCUGUCGCUGCGACAAUGCGAUUGCAACGCUCGUCGUGUUGCUGGCAACACCCAACGUCCGCGCCCUGAAUCUGAACAUGAUGCAAAAUGGCCAGAUCACGCAUGCUUGGCGUGGCAAGUACACCAUCGGGUCCCAGUACGCCUUGAUGCCCCCAGGCACGUCGCUUGUCGGUCACGCCACCAAACUACGCGGCGCGCCGCCGCGGGUCGCGCUUGUGUUUUAUGUCGUGCGGUCCGUGAUACCGACUGCGGUCGGGCUUCGGCGCCACGUGGCGUUGCGGCUGCACGCGCUGGCGGCAUCGGACAACUACGGAGUUCUGAACGGCGUGCAGGUGCACCGCUGUGGCCGCCAUGCGACGCCCGAUUGGCGUGCGCUCGAGCCAUUUCAUACGGCGUUUCUCGACGCGCUUCUCGACGCUGGCUGCUAUGACGUCGGUCUCGCAGUGUACUCACCAAUGACGGGGAUCGAGCGUCUGUUGUUGCAGUCACCGGUGCCGGUCCCAAUCACUCUCGUGGGCGCCAAAUGCACCGAGUACGUCGAGAUCGACGACGACUCGUGGCCAUGCUACGGCUUUUGCGUCGCCAUGAUCUUUUGGCCCAAGCGACACCUCGUCAAUGUCAUGGGUGGCGCAGCGUUUGCAUCGGCCAUGCGCUCGCUACCGGCUGCAUGCGCUCGGAUGUAUGUGACCGAAGCUGCCAGCGUCUUUGCCACCAAGUGUAUGAGGACGCACGCAGCCGGUGGUGACCAGCGUCAACUGACCGCCGAUCACGACGCGAUGCUCCAGCUGUUACAAGAUAAUGGCGACGUUGACUGCGUUCAUCGCUUUCUAAGACACUGCGCGACGGUGACCGCGACGUGUCCACUGCCGCUGCUAGCCCCGUGGAUCCAGCACCAGCUCGCCAAGUAUGGGUGGGAGCCGCUGGCCAACGCUCUGGACAGCCUGGUGUCUCGGUGGUGCUCGAAUGAGAGUGUCAAACAUGCGGCGUCGCUGGUCGCGUCACUCGCUGGUGCCACCGAUGCCCCCGUGUGCGCGCCGCUAGUUCAGCCGUUCGUAUUCGAGUGCAUUCAGCGGCUGUGGGCGACCGUGGUGACGGGUCUCGUCCAGCUGCGCACCUUGGAGUCGCGACGCCAAGACGCGCUCCAACGGCUACUCAUCGACGCACUGUACCUUGAACACUACUGUGAUGACCGCGCCGACACCGAUCGAUGGCUUCAGACACGCCUGCCGCCGUUCACGAUCCGUCUCGUCGACGCUUUUGUCUGGCAACCGACCAAGUCGGUCGCCGAGAUUUUUGCUCGACUCGCAAGACGUGCACCAUGUCGUCUGCUCGUGCUGCUACCCGAGGCGUUGACAACAGCAUUCCAGCACAACUCGGGUAUUCACAUCUCGCCGCUUGUCACGUGUAUUCUGGACGGUCUCGAUGCCAACAAGCACGUCGAAGUGCCAACGACGUCGCUCACGAGCUUGCGCUGGCUCUUGGAGCAAAAUGCGACCCGAAGCCGCAUCGACGAAGCUUAUCUCGAAGGCUGCUGGCGUCGGGAGGACGUUCGCUCAUCGAGUGAUGACAGCGGUGCAUCGUCUUUUGGCAGUGAUGAUGAUUCGAGCAGUGACGGCGACUUGAGUAAUGACGACGACUUGAGCAUCGUGUGGGGCGUCUAGGGAAGCCAGGCAGUAUCUUCACAUCUACGUUUUUCAACAUAUAUACUCGAGAUCUUUUUGCACACCA